AUCACCUUUCAUUUUUUUAUUUAUUUUAAUAUCUAAAUUACAGAGCCUUUACUCAAUCAUAUAAAUGCUGUAUAUUAUGUUUAUUCCUUUCUCUAAUCAUUCACUUGAUGUCUUUGCGUUUGAUCUCUGCAAGCAGAAUUGGGGUGAAGAUCGGUUAACGGGCAGUCGGUUUUCAUUUGGUAGCACAUAAAGGAGGAUAACAGAGAACGGAUUGAAUUUGGGAAUUUAAUGGCGGAAUUGGUGGGACCUCGAUUGUAUAGUUGCUGCAAUUGCCGAAACAAUGUUUCGCUUCACGAUGAUGUCAUUUCAAAAGCAUUUCAGGGGAGGAACGGACGAGCCUUUCUGUUUUCGCAUGCAAUGAACAUAGUUAUAGGGCCAAAAGAAGACAGGCACCUCAUGACUGGACUGCACACAGUUGCUGAUGUAUAUUGUUGUGAUUGCCGCGAGGUGUUGGGUUGGAAGUAUGAAAGAGCUUAUGAGGAAACACAGAAGUACAAAGAAGGAAAGUUCAUACUCGAGAAGUCGAAGAUCGUCAAGGAAAAUUGGUAGCUCCUCCAUACCUGGCGGCGGCAAACCUUUUGAAUUCUAAAGUGCUUGGUUCCUUAUUGAUGUAAGUGUGUCGAUGGAUCCAUAUUUUCAUCUUGUACAUACAUCUCAAUCAAUUGAAAGAUUCAGCUGUUGCUGAUUGUGCAUGGUUGUUGCCAUGGCAAAUUUGGAAGUUGUGUAGUGGAGACAUCAUUGGUUUCUAUGUGAAUGAAGUUGGGGGUAUUGCUAUCGAAGAAAGUUAUGAAUUUGUGUA